CGAUUGCUAUUAUUUUAUUUGUUGUAUGAAAAUAAGACUGAUUCACAGAUUAGAAGAGUAAAGAGUAUGGACUGAUUUGUGAUAUUUCUCCAAAAGCCAUACAGAAUGACUGAUCUCCUAUGUAGAAUAUGCCUGGCACGUGAUACUCGUAUGUGUACAAGGUACAACACGCCACUGGAAGUGCUUUAUCAAAAAAUCACAAAAAUACCUCUUAAAACAAAAGACGGAAGGCCGCACGUGGUGUGUUACGUCUGCUACCAUUUAUUGAGCAAGUGUCACAAAUUCAUUGAAAGUGCCGUUAAAACUGACAGAGUUCUUCAACGACUAUGUAGCAGUGGUAUACAGUUAACCGAGCAGCAUAUUGCAGCGAUAGACAAGGCUUUCUUACUCACACCAUUAACUAAGUCACGCGUUAUAAAUGUAAACGCAAUAAGCGAUUCAGACGGAGUCAGUAUAGAAGUGGCUGAAGUCAAGAGAGAAAUUGAAGAAGAUAAGCCUAUAUAUUAUGAGGUGGAAGUUAAAGAAAAAGCUGAUUCUUUAGGUUUUGACGGUAUAAAUAAUACAGAACAUAAUUCAAAACAGUACGCUUGUACUAUCUGUGGUCAUUGCUUGCUCACCAAAGCUGAAGCUAGGAAGCACUACAAAUGGCAUGGCACCUCCGAAGAACCCUAUCUGGACUGUCUGAAUUAUUUAUUUGGCGCUCCACCAACUGUGGAAGUCACUAUGCAACCUAUCACGGCGCUAACUGACAGCAAAGAAGUAAAAAAGGCGCCAACUGACCACAAAGAAGCUCUACCGGCGCCAACUGGCAGCAUACAAGCACUAACGGCGCCAACUGACAGCAAAGAAACACUAACGGCACAAACAGGCACCACACAAACAGCCACUGUACCAACUUACAGCAUACAAGCGUUGACGGUGCCAACUGACCACAAAGAAUCACACGCGGCGCCAACUGACAGGAAUGAAUCACUAACGGCGCCAACUGACAGCAUACAAGUGGUGACGGCGCCAACUCAUAGCAGAGAAGUGCUGAAGUCUCCGCAAACUAUCAUAGCGUCCGACACUAGUCCAACGAAGAUUGAAAAUGAUGAAGAGAUGCCUAAGAAAGAAGAUAUGGACGAAAAAUCAAAUUUACAAGAAGAACUAAAAGAUGAAUCGCCAAAAAUUUACAAAAACGAAAGAGAAUUAAUGAUAGCAAUGAAAAUAGACGUCUAUAAAAAAAAUGUGAAACCAAAGAAUAUAAUAAAGAAAAAAGAAAAAGCCACUAACAGUGAAGUGACUGUAAAAAAGAGUAAACUCACUAAAAACAUGAAACCAAAUAGAAAAAAUGAAACAAAAUUAACCGUUAGUAAUAAUUUAACCGAAAACGAGGUAUAUUGUAAAGACCCAUUAUUUAAAUCGGAUGACCCGUUAGACACAAAUUAUAAAGAUAAUACACCAAAUACAGAUAAAUUAGACAGUUCAGACACGAAUAUGGACACGGAAGAUAUAGAACAAAAUGAUGAAAAUGAAACGAAAAAUAUUACAGCAACAGAAAAAACAUUUCCAUGUGAUACUUGUAAAAAAGUCUUUACAAGUAAUGCGCGGUUGACACGUCAUAGGCGUGUGCACACGGGCGAGAAACCAUUCUCAUGCGAACAUUGCUCGAAAACAUUCGCAGACAAAUGUAACCUAAGUCGACAUUCCCGAAUCCAUUCCGGAGAAAAGCCAUUCGAGUGCGAUCUCUGCGGAAAAUGUUUCUCGAUUAAAACUCACUUGAGCGUUCACUUACUCACGCACAAUAAUUCUAGUAAAAAACAAACUAAAAACACUGUGUCGUGCGAUGCUUGUGGAAAAAUAUACACGCACAAAAUGAAUUUAGCACGGCACAUUUCAACAAAGCACGCCAGGACACAUACAGGUGAAAAACCGUUCUCAUGUAACUAUUGCGAUUACAAGACUGCUGUACAAUCUCAUUUAAUUAGACAUAUACGGACACAUACAGGUGAAAAACCGUUCUCAUGUAACUAUUGCAAUUACAAGACUGCUGUACAAUCUAAUUUAAUUAGACAUAAUAUACGGACACAUACAGGUAAAAAGCCGUUCUCAUGUAACUAUUGUCAUUAUAAGACCACUCAAAAAUCAACUUUAAUUAAACACGAAAGGACACAUACAGGUGAAAAACCGUUCUCAUGUAACUAUUGUCAUUACAAGGCUGCUGUAAAAUCAGAUUUAAUUAAACAUAUACGGACACAUACAGGUGAAAAACCGUUCUCAUGUAACUAUUGUCAUUAUAAGACCACUCAAAAAUCAACUUUAAUUAAACACGAAAGGACACAUACAGGUGAAAAACCGUUCUCAUGUAACUAUUGUCAUUACAAGGCUGCUGUAAAAUCAGAUUUAAUUAAACAUAUACGGACACAUACAGGUGAAAAACCGUUCUCAUGUAACUAUUGUCAUUACAAGGCUGCUGUAAAAUCAGAUUUAAUUAAACAUAUACGGAUACACACAGGUGAAAAACCGUUCUCAUGUACCUAUUGUCAUUACAAGACCGCAUCAAAAUGUAACUUAACUGCUCAUAUACGGACACAUAAAGGUGAAACACCGUUCUCAUGUAACUAUUGCCAUUACAAGACUGCAGUAAAAUCAGAUUUAAUUAGACAUAAUAAUAUACGGAGACAUACAGGUGAAAAACCGUUCUCAUGUAACUAUUGCCAUUAUAAGACCACUCAAAAAUCAACUUUAAUUACACACGAAAGGACACAUACAGGUGAAAAACCGUUCUCAUGUAACUAUUGUCAUUACAAGACUGCUAAAAAAGAUAAUUUAAUUAGACAUAUACGGACACAUACAGGUGAAAAACCGUUCUCAUGUAACUAUUGCCAUUAUAAGACUACUAAAAAAUCAACUUUAAUUAAACACGAAAGGACACAUACAGGUGAAAAACCGAUUUGAGGUAAACAGUCACUAUAGAAAAAAAAUCUUCAGUAAUUAUUUCAGUAGGUUGUAGGUAUAGUUAGUAGUAUAAAAGCAGUAAAAGAUGUAGCUAAAAGUCUUUGGUGUAAGUAGGUAGGUAUACUAUACAGGGUGGAAACGAUAAGUGAUCUCACUCGAUUAUUUCUAAACUAUACAAGAUAUCGAAAAAUUGAUUACUGAUCCUGAAAGUGCUUACCGCGUACGUGCUUACCCAGUUUUUGGAUAUCUUGUAUAGUUUUUAAUAUUAUGUGGUUUUACUAAAUGUAUGGAAGCUGGAAACAUUGAAUUUUCGGAUAGAUCCAUUUAUUUUGUAACCUAUUAUUGGUACCGUUGGAUAGAGCUCGGGAAGCACUUUCAGGAUCAGUAACCAGUUUUUGGAUAUCUUGUGUAGUUUAGAAAUAAUCGAGUGAGAUCACUUAUCGUUUCCACCCUGUAAAGGGAGGCACACAGAAAUAAGGCCUAAGUUACCAACAACGAGAACCGAACAUAGGACCACUUAAGGCAAUGUUAUACAGGGUGACUGGAACUGAACCCGCCAUAGAUAAUACGCGUAUAGAGGAGGUCAUUUG